AUGGCCUCAGACCACCAGACCCAAGCGGGCAAGCCACAGCCCCUCAACCCCAAGAUCAUCAUCUUUGAGCAGGAGAACUUCCAGGGCCACUCGCAUGAGCUCAGCGGGCCCUGCCCCAACCUGAAGGAGACCGGUGUGGAGAAGGCAGGCUCUGUCCUGGUUCAGGCUGGACCCUGGGUGGGCUAUGAACAAGCCAACUGUAAGGGUGAGCAGUUUGUGUUCGAGAAGGGCGAGUACCCCCGUUGGGACUCCUGGACCAGUAGUCGGAGGACCGACUCCCUCAGCUCCCUGAGGCCCAUCAAAGUGGACAGCCAAGAGCACAAGAUCAUCCUGUAUGAAAACCCCAACUUCACGGGGAAGAAGAUGGAAAUCAUAGACGAUGACGUGCCCAGUUUCCACGCCCAUGGCUACCAGGAGAAGGUGUCGUCGGUGCGCGUGCAGAGCGGCACGUGGGUGGGAUACCAGUACCCCGGCUACCGUGGGCUGCAGUACCUGCUCGAGAAGGGAGACUACAAGGACAGUGGUGACUUUGGGGCUCCCCAUCCCCAGGUGCAGUCCGUGCGCCGCAUCCGCGACAUGCAGUGGCACCAGCGGGGCGCCUUCCACCCCACCAACUAGUGCCCG